AUGCUCACCUGGGGGCAGCAACGACUUAGCAGCGAGGAUGAGCUUAAGAGGGUUCAGAUGCACGUCUACACCAAACCAGCGGGGUUUUUAGGCCGGCUUAUCGGCCGCGCCCUGCGCUUUCGUAUUGAAGACUUUUCGUAUAUCGUCAAUCGGAAAGACGGUGGUCUGGUUCGCGUCGAGGUCGGGGCGAACUCCAUCGUACCGGAGUGUGAGGUCUACCAGGAUGCCGUGCGAUCGGAGCGGGUGAGCCUCACCUUCUCCGAGACGACCCGUCUGAGGCGGCGGAUCAACACCAACGUCCUCAACGUCGCGCGCUACCCCGUGGCGGAGUUCGACGUCGAGAGCGACGAGCGGGAUGCGGUGAAAGGCGUGCUCCACCUCCACGGCCAAAGCCACCCCAUCAUCUGCGUGAAGCAAGUCGUCGCGCACGAUCUCCUCGUGCGCUGCCCGAUCUCGAUGAGUAAGUUCAACGUUCCGUCGUAUGGUAUUUGGUUGGGGCUUUUUAGUGUCGCCGAUGAGGUAGAUGUCGAGACGCGUAUUUCUCUGAACGCCUUGAAGUUAUAA